AUGGGUGGCGCCAAAGGCAAAUGGGCGCCGUCGAACGCACUUCAAGGUGAUGGUCGGGUUCGUCACCGUUCUCCCGACUACCUUAUCUGGGCCCAUUGGAUCAGCCCGAUGUCGUGGAGUCUCAAGGCUCUGUCGAUCAACCAGUACCGCUCGAGCGCCUUCGACGUCUGCGUGUAUGGAGUCAUCGACUACUGCGCGGACUAUGGUGUCACCAUGGGCGAGUACUACCUCAAGCUGUUCGGCAUGGACACGGGCAAGGAGUGGGUGGCGUACGGCACCAUUGUUUUGGCGGUCAUCUACGUGGUCUUCAUGUUCUUGUCGUACCUGGCGCUCGAGCACCUUCGGUACGAGGCUCCAGUGAAUGUGGACGUGUCGGAGAAGACUGCCGAGGACGGAUCGUACGCCCUCCUUGAGACGCCCAAGAGCGUUGCCAAGACGAGCGACGUGGUCGAGGUGCAGGUGAACACGCACGAGAAGAACUUCGUGCCCGUGACGGUGGCCUUCCAGGACCUGCACUACUGGGUGCCGGACCCACACAACCCGAAGGAAGAACUCGAACUGCUCAAGGGCAUCAACGGCUUCGCUGUCCCUGGAUCGAUCACGGCUUUGAUCGGCUCGACUGGUGCUGGUAAGACGACGCUAAUGGACGUCAUCGCUGGCCGCAAGACUGGAGGCAAGAUCGCGGGUAAAAUCUUGCUGAAUGGCUACGAAGCCAGCGACUUGGCCAUCCGCCGCUGCACGGGCUACUGCGAGCAGAUGGACGUGCACUCGGAGGGUGCCACCAUUCGUGAAGCGCUGACCUUCAGCUCCUUCUUGCGCCAGGACGCGUCGAUCGCGGACUCGAAGAAGUACGACUCGGUCAACGAGUGCAUUGAAAUGCUCGGACUCGAGGACAUCGCCGACCAAAUUAUUCGUGGCAGCUCCGUCGAGCAGAUGAAGCGCUUGACCAUCGGCGUGGAGCUCGCAGCUCAGCCGAGUGUCAUCUUCUUGGACGAGCCUACUAGUGGGUUGGACGCGCGGUCGGCCAAGCUCAUCAUGGACGGCGUUCGCAAGGUGGCCGACUCUGGUCGUACCAUCAUCUGCACGAUCCACCAGCCGUCGGCUGAAGUGUUCUACCUGUUCGACAGCCUGCUAAUGCUGAAGCGUGGCGGCCAGACCGUGUUCUACGGCGACUUGGGCAAGAACUGCCGCAACUUGAUCGACUACUUUGAGGGAAUCCCCGGCGUGGCCCCGCUACCGAAGGACUACAAUCCGGCCACUUGGAUGCUCGAGUGCAUUGGCGCCGGCGUCAACAACUCGGCCGCGGACGACUUGGAUUUCGCCGAGCACUUCAACAAGAGCUCGUACAACCAGCAGCUCGAGGCCAACAUGGCCAAGGAAGGGAUCACCGUCCCGUCGCCCGACCUGCCCGAGAUCAUGUACUGGCGCACGCCGAGCUACACGCUGACCCGUUUGGUCAUGUCCGUGUUCCUCGCGCUCAUCUUUGGCAUCGUCUUCAUCAACCCGGAGUACGCGUCGUACUCUGGUCUGAGCUCGGGCGUGGGCAUGGUCUUCAUGGCCGCGCUCUUCCUGUCCAUGAUGGCGUUCAACAGCGUCGUCCCGCUCACGAGUUCCGAGCGCCCGUCGUUCUAUCGCGAGCGCGCAAGCCAGACCUAUAAUGCGUUCUGGUACUGGCUGGGCGCGACGCUGGUGGAGAUCCCGUGGUGCUUCCUGAGCGGCUUCCUCUUCACGAUCGUGCUGUACCCGCUGGCGGGCUUCACGGACUUCGUGACGGGCGUGCCCUUCUGGAUUGUCAUCUCGCUCACGGUCUUCAUGCAGGUGUCUCUGGGCCAGUUCUUCAUGUACGCCAUGCCGACGGAGGAGGUGGCGGCCAUCAUCGGCAUGCUCUUCAACUCGGUGCUCAUGAUGUUCAUGGGCUACAACCCCCCGGCGUCCUCCAUCCCGCAGGGCUACCAGUGGCUCUACACGAUCUCGCCCCAGAAGUUCCCCAUGUGCAUCCUCGUGGCGCUGUGCUUCACCAAGUGCGAGACGCUGCCGACCUGGGACGAGGCCUCGCAGUCCUACACCAACAUUGGCUCGGACCUCGGCUGCCAGCCCAUGGCGAACGCGCCGGCGACCAUCGGCCACACGACGCUCAAGGAGUACACCGAGUCGUACUUUGGCUUCAAGUACGACGAGAUCGGCCAGAACUUCGCCAUCGUCAUCGGCUGCAUCACGCUGUUCCGCAUCUGGGGGCUCUUGGCGCUGCGCUUCGUGAACCACCAGAAGAGGUAG